GACGCGACGCGGUGAAGAUCAACAUCGCUCGCUUGGCCCACGGCUGCCACAGCGCUUCGAUGACCGCGUCUCUCCUCCCUUCCCCCUCUCCUCAAGCACGACGUCGGGUGUAGCAUCUGUUGCGAUGCCUGUCACGCUCGACCUCAAUGAACGCGCCUCUGAUGCCUCUACGCGUCGUGCUCUCUCCAACCUGUCACUCUCCGUCGCGAAAUGCAAGAAGAUCCUGGUCGUGACCGGCGCUGGGAUCUCUUGUUCAUGUGGUAUUCCGGACUUCCGGUCGUCUGACGGGCUAUAUGCACUCGUCAAACAACAAUAUCCUGACGCGAUACUCAAGGGACGCGACCUCUUCGACGCGUCACUCUUUCGCGACCCAACCUCCACAUCCGUCUUUUACACGUUUAUCUCGCAACUCAAGCGUUCCAUCGACAGCGCGUCGCCUUCGCCUACUCAUCGAUUUCUCAAAACCCUCGACACCAAGCGCAAGCUUCUACGCUCGUACACACAGAACAUUGAUGCGCUCGAGGAGAAGGCUGGCCUUCUGGGGAGCUCGAGCGACGAGGUGAAGAGCCAUGGCAAAGGGAAGGCGAAGAUCAGAGUUAAGGAAGUGCGCAACGUUCAAUUACAUGGCGAUAUCCAUCGCGUCCGCUGUACGUUCUGCUGUGCGGAAUUUCCAUGCACUGUGCAGUACUUGGACGUGUUCGAAACUGGCGCGGCGCCGGACUGUCCCGAGUGUGUCACACGCUCGAAAGCACGAGUUGCACGCGCAGCCCGUCCACUCAAGGUCGGCACCUUGCGACCAGCCAUUGUCCUCUACGACGAACCCCACCCUCUCGGGGACGACAUCGGCAGCAUGCAGUUAGCAGACAUGACGCGGAAGCCCGACAUGCUGAUCGUCAUGGGCACGUCGCUCAAGGUGCACGGCUUCAAGAAGCUCGUCAAGGACUUCGCGAAGAUAGUCCACGAGUCUGCGCCGUCCCCCACCGCAGCCUCCACGUCGUCCCCAAAGAACGCUAAAGCCUUCGCCGGGAAAGUUAUCUUCGUCAAUAAGACGGCACCUGGUAGUGAGUGGGACGGGAUCAUCGACUACCACGUCGUAGGAGAGACAGACAAGUGGGUUGAUAGGGUGCUGGAGGAGUGGAAGAAGAUGCGGCCGUCUGACUGGGAGGUGCAGAAGAAGCUCACCACGACGACCGACGUUGAGACUGCUGGCGCAUUCAAAGUUACGAAGGAGAUAACGAAUACUUUCGACGGCAUGAAGGCAAUAGCCGGUGCGAAGAAGAAACCACCAGGGAAACAGAACGUGUCCCCAGUGGAUGACCUCUCUUUGCUCCCUCCCCUACCGCCGUCACCACCACCCUCUCCCAGCAAACGUCGCCAGGCUGACUGCCAUUAUAAUGGUCACUGUAGUCCGUCGAAGAAGAGGGUUUCGGGCGUAAAACCUGUCACCUUUGAGGAGAGAGGCAUGCUCUUCGGUCAUAAGACCAGCGUUGGUCAUCGAGACGACGCCGGUGGCUUGGACUUGGGAGAGACGAAGCUGACACGGAAGCCGUCGAGCAAGACGAUGAAUGCGAAGAAACCCAAUAUGGUGGUAGAAGUCGUCAUUGAGACGCGAAAGAAACCACGAAGGGGCGCCGGACCCGCAACCCACUCGCAGGCCGUCCGAUGAUAUACCACAUCUCGUCCACACAUCCACAUCUCGUAUUCUAUCUUAUACUGUAUAUUGUGCACGCGGACUAUGUACAGUCGUGUAUUCGGCAACUGAGAUCUGUUUGAGAAAAACUGCGAAACGAUAUGCAUUGAGAGAGCAAUAAUGAACGUCGAAUGAGAAUACACCGAAAACACACGAGAAACCGCAGCCGUAACA